UAAUUAUUGCUUACUAGAUGGCGGACGUCAAUGAAGCAUACAUAUAUGUUCCCACUUCAACAACGCACGAUCUACAAUAUUCGUUGAAAGUGAUAACGAAAACGUACCUGGCCCCUGACUAUUGUAGGAAUAUGACAGCUGAUCGAAAAAGAAAGCUUAAAGAGUUUAAUUUGCAUUUCUCUGAUCAAAAAGCCUGAAGAAGUAUGCAUUGUCUUCAACAGGAAAUUUAGCUUCGAAAUGGUAGGUAGUUUAGCGAGUAGAAUAUUGGACUUGUGGUUUUUCGAUGGACAAGAUUACCGAUUUGCUAAAAGGAAAGGAAGUGACAGAAUUGUAAUCCUUUUAUGGAAAUGAUAUCGUCAAUAACUCUUGUUAGAAUUCUGUCAGAUUUAAUCCUGGUGUGGCAACUGAUCCUAAGCAUCGACACCAACUUCACUUCCUGUGCGCAAGCCAUAGCAGCGGACCUUCAAUAACGACAUGAAGUAAAGAGAGGCCGUAAAAAUGAUACACGUAAAACCUCCUCCAAUAACACCAAGAGCUUCGUACACUUUACGGUGGUUGGAAGCCGAAGGCCACGAUGUUAAUUUAUCAGGAAUUGCGGUUAACUCCAAAGGAGACAUCGCCGUGUCUGACCAGGGAUGUGAUCGUCUCAUCAUUUUGAACAAAGAUGGAAUAUUUAAAGAAACGAUCGGUAGUAGAGGGAAAGGAAAAGACAAUGUGACGUUACCUGAUGGAAUAGCGUACAACAAAAGCGACCAUUUGCUGGUUUCUGAUUAUGGAAACCAUCGUAUUCAACUGUACGAUUGUAGAGCUGGUAAAUUUUGUUUUUCAUUCGGAUCUGGUGGAUCGGCUGAUGGGCAACUUUACUUUCCCUGUGGUUUGUCCAUAGACGAACAUGACAAUAUCAUUGUUAGCGACUGGGGUAACAAGCGAGUCCAAGUUUUUGACGAACGCGGAAAUUUCAAGCUAAGGUUUUCAGGUCAGGCCACUGAGUCUCCCGAGCCAAGCGAACCGCAACAUUGCAUAGCCUUGAAAAACCUAUAUUUUAUGACGGAUGGGUGUGCAAACUGCGUGCAAGUAUUUGAUGAAAGAGGAACAUUUCUGCACAAUAUAGGCUGUAUGAAUUCUCCUCAAGGGAUUGCCGUUAUUGAAAGCGAAAUUUUGUGCGUUUGUGAUUCGAAUAAUAACUGCCUGCAGUUGUAUUACCCUGAUGGCGCUUUUGUUUCUAGUGUCUCCAAUUUAACCUGGCCAAUGUACCUGGCAAAGGGAUCAAAUAGAGAGAUUUUUGUGAGUGAGAGGGGAAGUUGCCAAAUAACUGUCCUAAAUUGUCCAUUUUAAGGAGAAUUACAUGACAACAAUUCAAGUUCUUGUUGAUGAUGUUUUAGAUUUUUAUCGAGAGAAUAUCAACUGGUUGAUAUUCUUUAGUUUUUAUAUAAGAGUUUCGCCUAUACCAAGUAGGUUAAAAUAAUUUUAUUAGCAACUGGCGUGGAGAAUUUGAAGCGCAUGGCAAAUAGCAAACUGAAAAAAAAUGAAUGAAAAUUUUCUUGUUUCAAAGAUGGAAGCCUCUUAAUUGAUUGUUUGAUGAUUUUGGCGCGCAUCGAUCAUUGCAUGAAUACCGUGUCAUGUCAUCCCUAGUCCAGCUCGCGUAUCCUUUCCCAACUAGGCGAAGGAUAAUCUUCCAUCAUUUUUAUCCCCUUCGUGCGGUUUGAAAACAUCAUGUCUGUAGCAACAAUUACAAAGUUUUAGUAAAAUGGUUUCCAUACGUCAUUUCCGUGCAUUUGAAAAAUGUCGGUUUAAUU